AGACAGUUAUCAUUAUUUUACACCUUAAAAAAAGUGAUUUAUAUAGUUAUCAUCAUCCCAAGAAAAAGGAUUUAAAGUGGGGGUAAGUUUCCAUCUCCAGUGUCCCAUGAUCAAAAGUUGAAGAAAGAGUGAUAAUUUCAGAAGUAAUUUAGGUCUGAAACAAAAGAAUCCGAUUUGGUUUAGUGAUUUGUGAUACCCUGAUGAUGUCGACUCUAAAACUGAGCACAACUGCUUCUCUCUACGUCCGUUCAGCCACCACCAAGUCCAAAACCAAACCCUCCUCCUUCAUCUCUUUCUCAUCCACUCCUUACAAAAACAACAUUCACCAAAACAAGUUCAUCGUCCCCUCCACUAAUAAAUUCCCAAUUUCUAAUAAUAAAACCCCUCCUUCUCUCUCCCACAAUUUAGGGUUUUCUCCAAGGACUCUCGUUUCAAACCUUCCACCACAACCACAACAAGAACAACCAGAAGAACCUUCCAAAUUGCUCACACUGCCUACCAUUUUGACUCUUGGCCGUGUCGCCGCCGUGCCGCUUCUUGUUGCUACUUUCUAUAUGGAUGGUUGGCGAGGAACAGCUGCUACUACAACUAUUUUCAUUGCUGCUUCUGUUACAGAUUGGCUUGAUGGUUAUAUUGCUCGCAAGAUGAAGUUAAAAUCCUCAUUUGGUGCAUUCUUAGAUCCUGUAGCUGACAAGCUUAUGGUGGCUGCGACAUUGGUCUUAUUAUGUACUAGGCCUUUGGAUGCUGGUGUGUUUGGCCAAGCACCUUGGCUACUCCCUAUACCUUCCAUUCUCAUCAUUGGUAGAGAGAUAACCAUGUCUGCUGUUAGGGAAUGGGCGGCUUCCCAGGAUAGUAAGCUUUUAGAGGCUGUUGCUGUAAAUAACUUGGGGAAAUGGAAAACAGCCACACAGAUGACUGCAUUAGCCAUCCUCCUUGCGACCCGGGACUUGAGUCACGGAGAAGGUGCCCUUGUAAUAGGGUCUGGUGUUGCUUUGCUUUAUACUUCAGCAGGGCUUGCCUUAUGGUCGUUGUUUGUAUAUAUGAGGAAAAUUUGGAAGGUGUUGUUGAGGUAGCAUGCUUCGUGCUCCAUGUAUUUAACAUAUAUAUCCCAAUUUUUUGUGGCUCCGAUUCGUCCUAACAGUUCUUAAGUAGAGUAUACGAUCUCACAAAAAGGGGCUGCAUUUUUAGUGGCAUGUAAAUGUAAUAUUUAUUCUGCGCAAUGUCUAACUACACCAUCAUUUCCCCUAUUCCUGAAAAUCAUCUGCACACAUUUUUGUCCUCAGUCGCCCUAGGUAAUAAAAAAAGGAGGCAACUAGCCAUGGUUAAAUGCCACACCAGUGAUUUUGUUUUAGCUCCUUACUCUACAUUUUGGAUUCCUUGAAGCUUUGCUACAAGGAAAAAAGUUUCAAAACAGAAAUUAUUGUACCACACUAGUUAAAUUAUUAUUAUUAUUCAAUUAAAUUGCAAUGUAUAAUUAUGGAUAUGUAUUAUGUUUUACUUGUGCUCUUGCAACUGUAACGUGCACCGAGAAGUGUUGAUCCAAUGAGUUGAUAAGUUGUAUUA